ACCAUCGUCGUUUCGUUUUUACGUUACUGCUGUCUUUCCGUAAACACUGAUCGCCGAGGUUAAGAGAGUCGGAGGUUUGAAGUCAGAUACAUGAAGAUACAUGGGUCUGGUGCCGUCUUACACUUAAGUGAUAGCUAUUCAUUCAUCGGUCUGGAGUGAAUUUUGUUGGCUUAUUUGAUCGAUGGUGGUCAUGUUUCUUUCACUUAUUAGUGGGGGCAGAGAGACCAUGUGGGAGUCACAUGCAUGCAGAAGAUGAGCAGUAAACAGAUGACAGGAGCACAGCCCUGAAUGCAUCACGCUAUGAACAACGCCACGCAGCCCCCUCACGCUAUCAACGGGGAUGCAGCCGUCAGCUAUGUGCUGGUCCCCUUCUUCCUCAUCACAUUGGUCGGGAUAGUUGUAGCAGUGGUGAUGUACUUAAGGAGAAAACGAAGGAUUGAUAGACUGCGGCAUCAGUUGCUGCCGGUUUACACUUACGACCCAACUGAAGAGCUAAAUGAGGCAGAGCAGGAAAUCCUUUGGAAGGAGGAAGACACAAAGGUAACUAAUGGAAAAGAAAAACAAAGAUGA